AUGAAGUCAUAUUCAUACUACUUGAAGUUUUGGAUAACCUCAAUCAAGACAUUUGGAGGCAAAAAGGCACCACUGUUUCUUGUUGCCACACACACAGAAACAAAAUCUACAGAUGAAAUAGAGAGGUUCUUUGGGGAGUUCUGGAAUGCUGUUCCAGACGAGGACAGAGAUUGGUUAAGUGAGUCUCUGAAUGAUCGUGAAUAUGCAGUGGGUCUAAAGGAACUUAAUGAUAACACUAAAGCAAUGCUAGAGUCAAUGAAAAACUCCAUAGUGGAAUUAUUUAUGGAUGAGAAUACUACAAAAAUUGAAUUGCCUUCUUCAUGGGCUCUAAUGGAGCAGUUAUUGUAUGAAGGAGACUGGAAGGUUUUGUCCCUGAGUGAAAUCUGGAAGCUCAACUCAUCUCUUCCUUAUGAAUACCAAAUCAAAGGUGAUGAAGAAAUGACCAAAUUUUUAAAAUGUUUCCAUGACAGUGGCCUUCUUCUGAAUUUUGAAGAAGUGGAGUUGAAGGAACAUGUUAUACUAGACAUUCAGUGGUUUGCUAAUGCUUUCAGCAAGAUAAUUGCUGAUGAAAACCACAUCAAUAAAGAUUGUAAAAGGAAAUUAAUUAGAGAAUGGAAAUCUUUUAACAAAACGGGGGAACUCAAAGAUAAAGUGAUAGAUGCUUUGUGGAAAGAUGAACCUUUAUACUUGACACAUAAAAGCGAAAUUAUGCCAUACAUGGAGAAACUUCAAAUGCUGGUACAUUUGAAUUCAUUUGAGGCCGUAUCAGAAGAUGGAAUGUCAUGGUAUGUCCCAUGUAUGAACAAAAAGCAGUUCAAAGCUGACUUCCAUGAAGAUAAGUGGGAAUGUUCGUCCAUUUUGUGCUAUCGAUUCACUUCCUUUGCCAUUUUUGUGUUCUACAGACUGGUAGCGUACUGCAUGGGUACUCUUAGAUGGAAAGUUUCAACAGAUGAAAAUCAUGAAGGAAAUUUAUGUCUUUAUCAAACAGCGGCAGUGUUUGAUCACAAAGAACACACUAUUGUUGUUGGCAUAUGUAAUGACGAAAUUCAGUUGCAAGUGUUGCGAAUCAGACCAUUGGCUGUGGAUAAAGAGAUUUCAAACGAAAUUGGAGACUACGUUGAAUAUGCCAUAGAGAAUUUGACAGAAACAUUUAUUGACACAAACAUUUUCUAUAAAGGAUUCAAAUGCCAAAACAUUAUUUGUAAUGAGAGAGAUUUAUCUUUUACCCUUGCAAGUGAGCUCUCCAAAAUGAAGGCUACAGAAACGCAGUGCAAGUGUCAACUUCAGGACAAACAUGUGAUAAAUGUACAGACGACUUUGAGUUUUUGGGAAAACGAACUAGAAAAUGGAUCCAACAAAGAAAAGAAAUCGUCAAUAUUGUUAUCAAGAGAAGCUUUUGAAAAUGAGCUGAGAUAUGGAUCCUGCAAAAUUCGACAGGUUCGCAUAAUGGUUGUUGGUCACUAUGGAGUUGGGAAAACAACAUUGACAUACGGUUUAAUUGGAGAGGAUAAGAAAGUAAUAGAAAGCACGGAUGGGAUUGACCUGUUUCGAGCUCGAUGUCGAAUGGAAGAUUUGCAACAGGACUCUAAAAAGUGGUGUUUAGGUUUGUUUAUCAUCAUAAUUUGUAUUAAG